AUGUAUAGAUCAAUACGCCUGACCAGACAGUUCGCCAUCACCUCAUUCCGCGCAUACACAAUGUCCAGCCCGGCCUCUAUCAACUCGCCCCCGCACAAGCGGGUCAAAGCCGACUCGGACCUCUCCAUCCCGCCCACCAUUCCCACGGGGUCCACAACAGAGAUCAACGAGGCUCCUAUCAACGCCAUGCUCCCUUCCUCAGUCCCCACUGCGGGUCCCUCGAGGGCGCAGCAAAAGAAGUCCAAGCCUGCGGUCGGACGUAAGCGGAAACCCAGGCGGGACCUGCCAGACCCAUACUCUGCCGGCGAGGUGCUAUGGCACGAUAUCCAGGACUUCUUGGGCCGGGAGUACGUUGCUGGCUUGCUGGACAAGAAGGACGGGGCGGAGUGGGCGGCGCCGGAAGAGCUGGAGAUCAUGGGCGUGAUUGAGCUUAGGGUGGGAGCGUUCACUGUCUCGGGGGAGUCGUUGUCGCUCUACACGCCAAAGGGGGAUGGAGGGGAAGAGAGGAAGUGGGCGAUCGUGACGCCGUUCGCGCACCCGGGGGAUCUGAUCCGCGCGAAGGUGUUCAAGCAUGAUCGGCUGCAUUCGACGGCGGACAUGGUGGAGAUUCUGGAAUAUAGCGAGACGUAUCGCGGUGGAGAAGGGGAUAGACGGAAGAACCCAGAGGGUGGGUGCAAAUACUUUGGAGAAUGCGGAGGGUGCCAGCUCCAACCUAUCCCUUAUCCCCUCCAGCUCGCACAUAAGAAGCACACCGUCGAGCUCGCCUACCAACGCUUCUCGGCCCUAUCUGCCACUCAGGUCCCACCUAUUGGCGAGACGAUUGGCAGCCCGCAACAAUGGGGCUACCGGACCAAGUUGACACCGCACUUUGACGCCAUGCCGAAGCGUCUUCAAGGGGAAAUGCGGAAACGGGCAGAAGCGCAGGCUGCUCGAGACGCCGAGAGACCGGGGACGGUGAUCGAUGCAGAGGGGAAGCCGUGGGAGGUCCGGAUAGGGUUUGAGCGGAAGGGCCGACCAGGCGUCAUGGACAUCGAGGAAUGUCCCAUCGCUACUCCCGUACUCAACGCCAAGCUCACACCCGAACGCGCCAGGAUACAAAACACCAUCACCUCUUUCGCCCGAGGCGCUACCCUCCUCCUCCGUGACUCUCUUCCCACUCCAUCUCCCUUACCCUCCUCCACCACCCCUUUCGACCCCUCCACACCCAUCUUGGAUCCAUCCCAGCACGUCGCAAUCACAAACCACAAGGAGAACGUAUACGAACGCGUCGGUCCUUGGCUUUUUGAAUUCAGCGCCGGUAGUUUCUUCCAAAACAACAACUCCAUCCUCCCUCCCCUGGUCGAAUACGUCCGAGCCGCCAUCUUUCCGCCUGGAUCGGCGGUCGUGCCGACGCAUCUGGUCGAUACGUACUGCGGUUCCGGGCUGUUUGGGAUUACGCUGUCACCAUUCUUCACCCGGAUAGCGGGGGUGGAGAUCUCGGAGCAGAGUAUCACGGCCGCGAAGCGGAAUGCGGAGAUUAAUGGGUUGGGGGAGGAUAAGGCGCAGUGGAUCGUGGGCAAGGCGGAGGAGAUCUUUGGGGGUUUGGAGGCGAGGGGGUUCAAGGGUGAUGCGAGCUGUGUUGUCGUGGACCCGCCAAGGAAAGGCUGUGAUGCUCCCUUCCUGACACAACUUCUCGAGUUCAGCCCAGCAACCAUCGUCUACGUCAGCUGUAACGUCCAUACUCAAGCAAGGGAUGUCGGAUGGUUCCUGGCCGAAUCGAAGAAGCGGGCGGGGACAGCUGGUACAGAAGGUGGCGGGGGGUAUGUGCUGGAGAGUGUGAGAGGGUUCGAUCUCUUCCCACAAACUGCUCAUGUCGAGUCUGUAGCUGUACUCCGGCGCCGCCUGUAG